AUGCAGUUCACCUAUCAAAUGAUUAACUCUUUCAUGGCCUUCGUGCUCUUCACUUCGGUUACUGCUGCCCCAGCCUCCGAAAUCGCUGCCGGCGCUGUGGCAUGGGCCGACCCUCAAGACUGCCACCGAUUCUACGAAUGCCCCGUUGGUGGGAAGCCCGUUUUGAAGACCUGCGGCCCCGGAACCGCCUUUCAGUCGAAGACUAGCGUCUGUGACUACGAGCACCUGGUGGCUAGCUGCUGGCAUCACUGGAAGUAA